UUCCGCCUCUCUCCUGGUCCUCUCUGCUGCUCCCUCCGCAGUGCUCUCUAGCGUUGGCUCUACUUACUGUGUCAUGAGGUGUGCAUAUAACCUCAAAUAGUCCUCAACUACCAGCUCUUCAGUCAUAGCUGUUUAAGGGACUCAUUCUUCUGCACAGCCCUCACCUGUCCCCAGAAGCCAAGGCCUCACUAAAACCUGCUUGGGAAUGGCUUCAUUGGAGACCCUGGCUCUUCCAGGCCAUACCCACAUCUGUGUCUGCUCCCUACAAGGUCGCCUCCAUUCUGCAACCUUCAGAUGCUACCUGCUGCAUGGCAGCCCUUUACUCAACUUGAACUCAGGCCUUGUCCUGACAGCAGUCCUAUGACCUUGAUCCUAGUCCCGUUAGAUGUUUGUGAUGAAGCUGGUCCCUCCCACCAGGGUCAGUCUGUACUCACCAGCAUUCGUCUGCUUUCAGGUCGUUGGCAUGGAAUGGAGGCUAAGGAGAUACCUUUUCAGCAGAGCGUUUCUGUAACACUGUCACAGGUCAGGACUCCUAAGGCAGACUCUUCUACCCAGAAGGCCCAGCCCUCUCAGACAUGUGGCCUGGUCUUAAAAGACAUUUUGCUCUUGGCUGAGCACCAGGGAACACACUCUGGGCAGAAACCACACACAUUUGGGGCAUGUGGGACACAAUUCUGUUUCAGUUCAAACCUUCACCACCAGAAGCAGCGCAAUGGAGAGAAACCCUGUAGAAGGGAGGACAGGGCCUUUCUUGUGAAUAGCUUCCCUGUCCAACCAUUAGAGAUGCCCUUUAUGACAGGGGACAGUUGUAAGGACUUCCCAACUAGCUCGAGUAUCUUCCAGCACCAUUGCCCACCCAGGAAGUGGAUGCCACACAGAAACGCCAAGUGUGUGGAGGCCUUUCAAAGUGGACAAAGACAUUACGAGUGCAGCGAAUGUGGGAAGGCCUUCAGUCGCAAAGACUCACUUGUCCAGCACCAGAGAGUCCACACUGGAGAGAGGCCUUAUGAGUGCAGCGAAUGUGGGAAAGCCUUCAGCCGCAAACCCAUACUUGCUCAGCAUCAGAGAAUCCAUACUGGUGAAAUGCCUUAUGAGUGUGGCAUAUGUGGGAAAGUUUUUAAUCAUAGCUCCAACCUAAUUGUACACCAGAGAGUCCACACUGGAGCAAGGCCUUACAAGUGCAGUGAAUGUGGGAAAGCCUACAGCCACAAAUCCACACUUGUUCAGCACGAGAGUGUCCACACUGGAGAAAGACCUUACGAGUGCAGUGAAUGUGGAAAAUAUUUUGGUCACAAAUACAGACUCAUUAAACAUUGGAGUGUUCACACUGGGGCAAGGCCUUAUGAGUGCAUUGCAUGUGGGAAGUUCUUUAGCCAAAGCUCUGACCUCAUUGCACACCAGAGAGUUCACAAUGGUGAAAAGCCCUAUGUGUGCAGUGAGUGUGGGAAAGCCUUUAGCCACAAACAUGUGCUUAUCCAGCACCACAGAAUCCACACUGGAGAAAGGCCAUAUAAGUGCAGUGAAUGUGGGAAGGCCUUCAGGCAGAGGGCUUCCCUCAUCCGGCAUUGGAAAGUUCACGCUGGAGAAAGGCCUUAAGAUAGCAGGGGUGUGUUGUCUCCUCAUUCAACAUAAUGGCUGGCACCAGAGAAAUUCUGAGAGUAGCCUUCGUGAUGAGUGCCAGCUAUGUGGGGAGCUUUUUGGAGCAAUAUUGCAAUUUGUAACCUACCCAGGACCCUUGCCAGAAUUCUCACUACCAGUGUCUCUGAAAGAAGCCAUCCAUCUAUUCGUGUCAGGGCCGUAAGUCACCACAACAUGCUUUCAUAGGCAUGCCUCUGCCCCAUUCCUAAGAGGGACUCAUCAAUCGCCUAAGCCCACUGAAGAUGCUCAUUCUCUAGCCUCACCCUCCACAGCUGGUUUAAGCACGGACAUGACCAGUUUGGGUGGGGAGGAUGCAACGCUUGCUCCAUGGGCCACUUGCAGGUUUCCAUUUUUCAUGGACUGUGUUGCACUUACAGAUUUCUCCAGCCACCAAGUUACCUAACUUGGGAAUUGCCUGCGUCCUAUUUUCUGGUUUUGCAACAAACACCUUAGUUUUUAAGCUACUUUUUACCUUGGGGAUUCUAUUCACUAUGGAUUGGGUUGAGAACAACUGCCAUUACAAAGGGCUGAAUGGCUUUUGUGAGUGCUCCAACUGUCAUGCCUUGGUGGUGGUAGAAUGGCUGGCAAAGAGCAGCUUAAUUCUACUUUCAGUCUGACCUGCAUUGUUGCUCAAGGCCUCCUAGGAAAGAAUAUGGACCUUUGACCAGAAUCACCCUGAGAGCAGUGGGCAUUUGUUGUGUGACCCCUUCUGAUGUAUCUGGUAGCAGCACCAAUGGGGUUCCUUGUUCCCAUGGAUGUUUCAUACUCCCCAGACCUCUUGAGGAGAGCUUAACCCCUCUGGGACCUGCCAACAUCCCUAAAAUCUAUUAUUUGUCAGGUGGAUAUCACUCCCCUACAAGGACCAGGUAGGAAUCAUGAGUGGUACAGUGACACUUUCUAAUAGGGAUUUGGGAGACUGUAGCAAACUGGAGUGUGAAUCUUUGAAAGGUCUGUCCACAAAUGUAUGAGGGUUUACAGAAAUGCUCAGGACUCCUCUAUGUCUGUCUGUGGCUACAGUCACUGUCACAACAAUAAGUCUAAGCAUUUUCUGCAAUAAACACAUUUAUUGAGUACAACUUAACAAGUUUCAGUACAUGUUUGCACUAUGAAACCAAGUUUCCUGAGUGACUGUGCUCCCCCACCUCCUCACCCAUUCCCAAGCAGCCAUUCAUCUUGCUUUUUGUCACUAUAGAUUUGUUUGCAUUUCCUAGAAUUUUUUACAUAUGUAUGCAAGAUGAUUUAAUAUGUACUCAUUUGUCUGGCAUCUUUAACUGAAUUGUUUUGUGAUCAUUCUGUGUAUCACUAGUUCAUUCCUUUUCAUCAGUCCAUUUGCUGAAAGUAUUCCUUUUAGAGAAACAGUUCUAAAGAAAGUGAUCGUCACUAUUACAACCUUAAUCUGAAAGUGAUGGGCCAUUAUUUCUGACUUAUUCCCAAAACAUAGACUAAUCCUGGUCCACAACGGAAGAGACUCCACAGCAGUGUGAAUACAGGAAGGCGGGGAUUUGUGGGAGGGUGUCUUGGACCCUAGGGGCUGCAAUCUUAGUUGUUUUUCUAUUAUACUUGUUUACUUUUUUAGUCUUUGAUGAA